UAGUGACAGGACAACUCCACAUCUUGGAGUAUCUCAGAGCGUUCACCUGCUCCCGGGGGUCUGCCAGUAUCGGUAAUUAGCGGAGCCCACCCGCCGCCGCCAUGUUUAUUUACCUGAGCAAGAAGAUUGCCAUCCCUAAUAAUAUCCGGCUAAAAUGCAUAUCCUGGAACAAGGACCAAGGCUACAUCGCUUGUGGAGGGGAAUCAGGGCUGCUCAAAGUUCUAAAACUGGAAAUGCAAACUGAUGAUGCAAAGUUAAAAGGACUUGCAGCUCCAAGUAAUCUUUCCAUGAAUCAGGCUCUAGAAGGACAUACAAGCUCUGUUCAGGUGGUGACAUGGAAUGAACAUUUUCAAAAAUUAACUACAAGUGAUCAGAGUGGUUUAAUCAUUGUGUGGAUGCUGUACAAAGGGUCCUGGUAUGAAGAGAUGAUUAAUAACAGAAAUAAAUCAGUUGUACGUGGAAUGAGUUGGAAUGCUGAUGGACAGAAGAUCUGUAUUGUAUAUGAAGAUGGAGCAGUCAUUGUAGGCUCUGUGGAAGGCAAUCGCAUUUGGGGUAAAGAACUGAAAGGAAUCCAGUUGUGCCAUGUUGUAUGGUCACCUGACAGCAAAAUCCUCCUCUUUGGGAUGGCGAAUGGGGAAAUCCACAUAUAUGACAACCAGGGAAAUUUUAUUGUGAAAAUGGUCUUAAGCUGUUUAGUGAAUGUGACUGGUGCUCUCAGCAUUGCUGGCAUGGAUUGGUACCCAGGAACCAAGGGUUAUGUGGAGCCAGAUUGCCCCUGCCUUGCAAUCUGUUUUGACAAUGGGAGAUGCCAAAUAAUGAGACAUGAAAACGAUGAAAACCCAGUUCUGAUUGACACUGGGAUGUGUGUGGUCGGCAUCCAGUGGAAUCACUGCGGCAGUGUGCUGGCUGUGGCCGGGUCCCAGAAAGCUGCAAACCAGGAUAAGGAUGUGAAUAUUGUGCAGUUCUAUACUCCAUUUGGCGAGCACUUGCGUACUUUGAAUGUCCCUGGAAAGCAGAUUGCAGCAGUGUCAUGGGAAGGUGGAGGACUAAGAAUUGGGCUGGCUGUGGAUUCAUUCAUUUACUUUGCCAACAUUCGGCCAGAUUAUAAGUGGGGGUAUUGUUCCAAUACUGUGAUAUACGCCUACACAAGACCUGAUCGGCCAGAAUACUGCGUUGUCUUCUGGGACACGAAAAACAAUGAAAAGUAUGUGAAAUACGUCAAGAGUCUGAUUUCUGUUUCUACGUGUGGAGAUUUCUGCAUUUUAGCUACCAAAGUGGAUGAAAAUCAUCAACAGGAAGAAAAUGAGACUGAGCCAAAUGGAGCAACGUAUGUUUUGGUUUUGUGCAAUUCUAUCGGAACACCACUGGAUUCAAAAUACAUUGACAUAGUCCCAAUGUUUGUCACAGUAACCAAGACCCAUGUUAUAGCGGCCUCUAAGGAAGCAUUUUAUAUCUGGCAAUAUCGAGUGGCAAAGAGGCUUACGGCAAUGGAGAUUAAUCAGGUGUCCCGGACCAGAAAGGAAGGUCGAGAACGGAUAUUUCACAUUGAUGAUGCUCCAUCGGGGACUGUAGAAGGGACAUUGGAUUACACCAAAGCCACAGCAGUAACAAGAGAUCCAGUCUGUUGCAUCACUGCAUCUGAUAAAGUCCUCAUUGUGUCGCGUGAAUCAGGAAUUGUGCACAGAUACAGCUUGCCUAAUGUAGCUUUGGUACAGAAAUAUAGCCUGAGCUACCGUGCAUAUCAAAUGAGUCUGAACUGCAAUUCCAAUCGCCUGGCUAUCAUAGAUAUUUCUGGAGUGUUAACCCUUGUGGACUUGGAAGCCAGAUACACAGAUGAUGCAGGGCAACAGUUGACUGGAGAGAAGCUUAAUUUUGAACGCAAGGAUGUGUGGGACAUGCAAUGGGCUAAUGAUAAUCCUGAUCUAUUUGCAGUGAUGGAGAAAACAAGGAUGUAUGUCUUCCGAAAUUUGGAUCCUGAGGAGCCAAUCCAAACAUCAGGAUAUAUUUGCAAUUUUGAAGACCUGGAAAUAAAGUCUGUUCUCUUAGAUGAAUUGUUAAAGGAUCCUGAACACCCAAACAAAGAUUACAUCAUAAACUUCGAAAUCCGCUCCCUCCGAGACAGCCGGGCUCUGAUCGAGAAGGUCGGGAUUGAAGAUGCUUCUCAGUUUAUUGAGGACAAUCCUCAUCCUCGUCUUUGGCGUUUACUAGCCGAGGCGGCUCUGCAGAAGCUAGACCUUCCAACUGCUGAACAGGCGUUUGUACGCUGUAAAGAUUACCAGGGCAUCGAGUUUGUUAAACGACUGGGUAACCUGCAGAGUGAGUCCAUGAAACGAGCUGAGGUUUCUGCCUAUUUCGGCAAGUUUGAAGAGGCGGAACGAAUGUACUUGGACAUGGACAGGAGAGAUCUGGCCAUCGGCCUUCGAAUAAAAUUGGGAGACUGGUUCAGGGUAUUACAGCUGCUGCGCACUGGUUCUGGUGAUUCAGAUGACGCGCUGCUGGAACAGGCGUAUAACGCCAUCGGUGACUAUUUUGCAGACCGGCAGAAAUGGUUAAAUGCCGUACAAUACUAUGUACAGGGCAGGAAUCAGGAACGCCUGGCAGAGUGUUACUAUAUGCUGGAAGAUUACGAUGGCUUGGAAACGUUAACCAACUCACUUCCAGAGAACAACAAACUUCUUCCUGAUAUCGCCCGCAUGUUUGUGACCGUGGGCAUGUGUGAGCAAGCAGUGGCAGCAUUUCUUAAAUGCAACUUACCCAAAGCUGCAGUGGAUGCCUGUGUACAUUUAAACCAGUGGAAUAAAGCUGUAGAACUGGCUAAAAAUCACAAUAUGAAAGAAAUUGGGUCGCUGCUUGCCAAAUAUGCCUCUCAUCUGUUAGAAAAGAAUAAAACGCUGGACGCCAUUGAACUUUACCGAAAAGCCAACCACUUCCUUGAUGCUGCAAAGCUCAUGUUUAAGAUAGCAGAAGACGAGGCAAAAAAGAGGACAAAACCCCUACGUGUUAAAAAGCUUUAUGUCCUGGCAGCUCUCCUAGUGGAACAAUACCAGGAUCAGAUGAAGAACACGCAAAAAACGAAACUUAAAGGGAAGCAAACAGAGGCUACAUCUUCCUUGGCUGGGUUGUUGGAAGGCGACAGCAUGUUAUCAGACAGUCGAAUUAUUGACAACCCUUGGCGUGGAGCCGAAGCUUAUCAUUUCUUUUUGCUCACUCAGAGGAUGCUGUAUAAAGGCUAUGUGUCUGUCGCUAUGAGGACAGCUCUUUAUCUGAGAGAUUACGAAGACAUCAUUCCGGCAGUAGAAAUCUAUUCCCUUUUGGCCCUGUGUGCCUGUGCUAACAGAGCGUUUGGUACAUGUUCCAAGGCCUUUAUCAAACUUGAGUCAUUGGAGAGUUUAAACGCUGAACAGAGGCAGCAAUACGAAGAUCUUGCUCUGGAAAUUUUCACCAAACACAGUCCUAAAGACGACUCGAAAUCCGAACCUGACAAUUUCCCUGAAGGUGGUGAUGGAAAACUCCCAAUAUGCAUUGCAUCAGGAAAGCCCAUUACGGAGUACCAGUUCUGGAUGUGCAGCGUGUGCAAGCAUUGUGCGCAGGAGCGAGAGAUCACUUCCUACAGCUUCUGUCCUCUAUGCCAUACCCUGAUAUCAUAACUCUGGAUUAUGCUACAUGUUGUGCUUUAAACAUUCAAACAUCAGAUUCCCCCUUGAACAGGGGAUGUAUAAAAUACUUCAUGCAGAGCUGCAUUGAUUUUAUUGCACGGAGAUAAACAUGCACUGUGAAAGGUGCAAUUUAAUCCCCCUUGCUUAAAAUUUUUUCAGAAAUUACACUUUUUUAAUAGAAGAGCGCCAUAUUAAUUUAUAUAUUGUUUAUACUGAUUGUACAAGCUAGACAAAAAUACUUUCUUAUAUGUCCAUUAGUAUUAAAGGACACUGUGAGCACUCCAAAGAUUAAAGCUCAUUUUAUUGGUUAGAUGCUAUGAAUCUCUAGGCACUGCCCCCUGGUUCUCUGUAACAUUAGUAGUUUGACAGAAACCUAAAGGCAAGUUGCAGUCAUUGAGCAGCCAGCAAAGGGACAUUAUGAUUAGUGUAGACUGAGGACAGUGCCCAUAAGAUUAUAAAAUCGGAAUCAUUACAAUGAGCUGUAGUGGUUAUGGUGCUUGAAGUGCCCCUUUAAGUUGUUCAGACUAUAGAUUAGUAAGGGACUAGAGAUGUAGUUGAACAGGCAGGGCUUUCCAACACUGUACUAUGCACUUGUUACCAUCAUAUAUGUAUAUAUAAUUUUUGAGCAUUUGUGCAUUCAAAUGAACACAAACAUUUGGGGCUAAAAAGCUCUUUCUCUAGUGUUUAUUUGUUCAUUUAAAGGAACAUUAUAGUCACCAGAACAACUACAGCUUAUUGUAUUUGUUAUGGUGGGUGUAAUCAUUUCCUUCAGGCUUUUUGCAGUAAAUACCGUCUUUCCAUUACAGCCUAUAGAUACCACCACUGGCCACUCCUCAGAUGGCUACCAGAGGUGUUUCCUGGGGCAGUGCUGCACACUGUGCAGCACUGACAUUCAGUGUCUCCACCCUCUGCACGGAGACACUGAACUUUCCUCAUAGAGAUGCUUUGAUUGAAUGCAUCUCUAUAGGGAGAUGCUGAUUGUCCAGGACUGUGUUUGGUUUGUGCUGGCUCUGCCCCAGAUAAGCCUCCUUGAUAAGCUCAGCUAAUCCAAUGCUUUUCUAUGUGAAAGCAGUGUCAUUGGCUUUUGAUUAAUUAUUCAUGCCAUCUAAGCAGGCAGUUCAAGUGCAGAGGCAGCAGCAGCACACUGGAAUAAAUUAAA